AUGUUUGCUGCGGUAGAAGCCUCCUACCAGGCCGUGCUAUUGGGACGUAAUCGGUACUUCUGCUACAAGGCCGAGGCCCUCAAGCCACCAAUCAAGGAUGUCAAGGAAUGGAUUAAAUCAUCUGGUCGUGUAAUCAUGUUCGAUCUCUUCCACUCAAAGGGGGAGUCUAGACUCUCCUUUGGUAGCAGCGCGUCAAACGAUAUCAUCAUCCCGGGAGCCGGGAUCACAGAUCACCAGUUCCUGCUCCCCGUGGAUCCUCACAGCCGGGCGCUGACGGUCGAGAACAUCAGCAGCGACAGGCUCGAUGUCACCACACACACUACCAUCAAAGCGACUGACGUGCAUAUCAACAAGCGCAGGGUGGCACCAGGGGACACGAGGAAGCUUAAGGAUCGUCAGCUGGGCGCUGGAGUAGGCAUGCUGCACCGCUUCCAGAUCAUCACCCACCGUGGUCCAAUCGGUACCAUGCUCAACAUCCGGAUCAACGACUUCAUCGAGGCCCUCCCAGGCCCAUGUCGAGGAGAAUGA